AUGCCUGACCAUGAACAUGAAGCUAUUCAUGAAGGCGAUGAUGAAUCACCUUCCGAUACAUCUCAAAGACACACCAUUUCUUCCGAGAUUGAUGUUUCCAAAGCGGACGAGGUUCAAGAGCGGGCCGAAGUAUUGCAAACACUCGUCAAUGAAGCUUUGCGUGGAGAACUUGACGAGGUCAUGCUUCAGUCCCAACUUGCGGAGCUUCACACUUCUCCCGAAGAAGCCCAGGAUAUUCUCGAUCAAAUUGUUCAGCAACGCCAAUCUAACACUGAACAAGAGAUUAUUUCGUUUGGAAGAGAAACAAGUGACACUGAACGGAAUGAUGACCAAAGGUUACGAGACCAAGCUGAUGCGAUUGCUUGGGCCGUCUUUCAAGGUAAACUUGAUGCUGCCCGAAAACUUUCCGUUAAUCCUGGCUCUUCAAACCUUGAUGCGCUCCGUUCUUUGUUAUCUCUUCCCUCAUCUUCUCUCAGUAACACUGGAGCCAUUCCUCCUGCGGUCCUCUCUGGUGCACCAUUUCUUGCAAAACAAUCUAAGCCUCCUGCGGACAAGCAUAUCGCGGAGACUUUACGAUUGCGACAUCUUUAUCGCACUGAAAAGGCCGCAGACUCCAUCAUCGACUCUUUACAGCAGCACUCCUCUCUUUACAGCAGCACUCCUCUCUUGACGAACCGCUUUCUCGUUCAAUCUGGAAGGAUGUCGUCGCAGACAAAUAUAUUGAUUUUGAAGUUCUUUAUGGAUCAUUGGAGUUCGGCCAUGACUAUGAAGAUGAACCAAAAGCGUUUCACGAUGAUUAUGUCUUGGUUAAGAAGGAGAAUUGUUCGAAGAAGAAGCCUGUUCGGAGUGAAGCCGAUUGGAUCCGCUUAUAUGGUGCUUGGGAAAGCGCAGUCAAACUUGUCUAUCUGCAUCGGAACGAGGAGCUUCAUGAGUAUCGCCGAAUCAUCAUUGAAGUCUUUCGUGCCUGUCCCAAUGAACCUUACAUCGCGAUCACCACUGAUCAGAUGGUUCGACAGCUUUACGCUCAUGCUCCAUUCCAUCUUGACGAUCGUCAGAAAUCUCAAGUACCACUUCUGUCCAAUCUUCGGACGCCUUCCAUUCCAAAGCGCCCGUUCGACAAUUCGACCCCUUUUCCAUGACCUAGCAAACGCUCUAUCAUCCCUUGCGAAAACUGGAACCUUGGGAAGUGCGAGUCUCCUUGUUUCUGGAAGCGGAGACAUGACACUUGCUCCGAAUGUGGAGCCUCACAUCGAGCUCAAGACUCCACCAAUUGCUUUGCUUCCCUCUCUAACCGGCGUAGAGAAAGACGAGUUAGUGGAAGCUUCCGAACGCGUGAGCAAAGCAACAGAAGGACCACGUCGUCUAGCGGAGAAACGAAAGGCCGAUGAAAGCUUUGAACUUCCGAGAUAUCGUCGCGGGUAUGGCUGGGCUAAUUCCGACAAGUCAUUCAUCUCACCUGCCGCCUUCUCUUCUGAAACGGCUCCUCCAUUACCUAUGCCCCCUGAACGCUUAAUAAAUAACCCAGAAAUACAUACUGCACUUGACUUCUAUGCUAAUGACAUCAAAGUCGAAACACCAUUUAACCUUCCAGUGCUCGAGAGAUAUCUUGAGAAUCAUCCAAAUCGGCCGCUAGUCGAUUCGGUUCUUUGGGGUCUUCGUUAUGGGUUUUGGCCAUUGGAUGAAGGCGACUGGAAUUUUGAUGAAGAUGGCAUUAUGGAUAACUACCCAGCUGAUGAAACUGAUAUGGAUGUUAUCAAACAAUUUCGAGAUAAAGAAAUCACUGCUGGUCGCUGGUCAAACCCAAUUCCUACCCUUCUCCCGGGCAUGAAAAUCUCACCUAUGUUUGUAAACUGGCGUGAUCCCGCGAAACCCCGCAUCAUUACUGAUCACACAGCUUCCGGAUUGAAUGACGGGAUUCCGAAACCUGAAGCAAAAGUCCGCUACGAUGACAUGCAUGACUUUGGACAAACGCUACAUGAUAUAUAUCAACAAUUCCCCGACAUUCCUUUCAUCCUCUAUAAAUCAGAUGUUUCAUCAGCGUUUCUUAAUCUUCCAGCUCACCCAAUUUGGCAACUACGCCAGAUUGUUGUCGUGGACAAAAACAUGCAUAUCGUUCGCCGACUUGUUUUCGGAAACCGCGCGUCACCUCGCAUUUGGUGUGCGUUAUCUGGCUUACUCUGCUGGAUAGCCAUUCAUCACUUACAAAUCUCCGGCAUCUUCGUGUAUAUGGACAAUUUUUAUGGCUGGGAGUUUGCCAAUGAUCUUGUUUUCUUUCAUAAUCAAUUGCGCCCACGUCGUCAAGUCACUCUCCUCAAAUUCUGGGAUGAAAUCUCUUGUCCGUAUGAAGACAAAAAGCAACUACAUGGAUCUGAACUCAAGAUCAUCGGAUUCUGA